UUUCUGUGUUCAGAAAUUAAGCAGCAUUCCAUGUGCUCUCUUUCUAUCUGCUUCUUAAAUUUUAUGCUGCUCUUUUACAAAGAAGGAAUCUUUUCUUUUUCUGAUAACAGAAAGUCUAUGUGAGACUUGAAUCAUUUGUUAGUUAUUCCUCCGUUGAUCUAAAUUACUUGCAACAUUCUGACUUUGACGGUCUCCUACAUCAAUUACACAUCUUUAAAAAAAUUGAAAAGAUACAUGGAAAAGGCAUAUAGAGAUGAAUCUAACAAGAUUCCACGAGACUGUAUUUUUCUUUCCUAAAUUGGUGAAUCGAUCAAGGUAAGGCUUUCUAAUCAUGCAUCUGUUUUUUAAUUAAUUUUUUUUUUGGCUCCUGGCGUUUGCAUGUGCAUCAAAUGAUUUUGGCCCACCUUAUAAUAUAAAAUUAUUCCAUGAUCCUUAUGCCACUCAAAAACUAAUCUUCAACCCCACCACCAUUACCUUCUCCAUCUCAAUUCUUUUUCUUGAUGGUAUAUAGCCUUCUUUCUUUUCUAAAGCUUGUGUGAUAUGCAAAAGAAGUGAUCAGAAUAUCUAAAACAGUGUUUUAAUUAUGCCUGAUGAUAUGAGUAGCCCAGCACCUUGUAACAGCUCAUGGUCUAUUAGCGAGGAUUCGCUAAGGAGAUACGUACACUAUGCAAGCGAGAACUGUAUACAGGAGCUUCUUUCAGCCUCAGACUCGUGCAGGAAUGGAAAUGGGAAUGAUGGGUGGAAGAUUCUUUCAUUAGAUGGAGACGUGGAAAUAUCAAAGCGGCGUUCAGGAUCAUUUCAUAUCUUUCGUAGUCGCUGGCUACUCAGAUCAGUCUCUUCUAAGCAGUUCAUUCCUGUUGCCAAUGCUAUUGAUGCUGCAAAGCAAUGGGAUCAUGACUUGGUAGAGGCAAGAUACAUAAAAGAUCUUGAGGACAAUCUAAGCAUAAUACGUCUAAGGUUCGGGGAUGCCUCGAGGCCUUUGUUUAAGAACAGAGAGUUCAUUGUAUACGAGCGACGUGAGACAAUGGAUGAUGGCACCCUGGUGGUAGCAGUAGCAUCACUACCCAAAGAGAUAGCUGCUGGGUUAUACCCUAAACAAAACAAAGCUAUUAGAGGUUUAUUGUUGCAAUCUGGGUGGGUUGUGGAGAAGCUUGAGGAUGAUUCUUGCAUGGUCACCUAUGUUGUUCAGCUAGAUCCAGCAGGAUGGCUUCCCAAGUUCUUUGUUAAUUGGCUAAACACAAAACUUGUAAUGAUUAUUAAAAAUCUAAAAAAAUUAGCACAAAACAAUCCACUUGAUGAUGCUAUAUGAUUAUUUGUAUAAAGAAGUUUGUUUGGGAUUAAAAGGGGGUAAGAGUAAGUGUGGGACCAUUUUAGUGGUAAAUUAUUUUGAAUCAUAGUGGUAAUUAUGAAUACUCGUAUGUUAUCUGUACUAACCAAUCAUAUUAAAUUUUUGCCUUAUUAAGAGCUCUUUAUGCUUAGCUUAAUUCAACUUGAUUAACACUUUUAAACCAAGGUUGUUUUUCAUAGUGCUAAUGUAAUCAUUGCAUCACUGAAAUAUGAGGUAUUGAGAUUAUUAUGUGUUUUAAUUUUUAAUUACUUUAUGCCUUUUCAUGAUUCAUUGAAUUUGAAAUUCAAUUUAACACAAUAAGAAAGUAGACACACAAUUGAUAUCCUAAACCUUUUACUAGUAUACUGCCUGUGUAAUCUAUAACUAUAUCUAUAUUAAAACACAAAUAUCUUAAAACAUAGUUGACACAAAAAUCUCACACUAAAUUUUUUUUUCUGCCCAUUUCUAAAAGGAAAAAUUGAUGUUAAUAAUUCCAGUUUUAGCCGAUAUGCUAUUAAUAAUCCCAUCUUUAGAAUAUUAUUUAAUAAUUCCACCUUUAUAGGGAACUUUAUUUAUUGGUCCCUAACUUGUUGGUAACUGAUUUUGAUAGGUUUUAAUGCCACAUGUUAAUUUGUAAGUGGUUAAAAAAUAAAAAUAAAAAUAAAAUAUAUAAAAAUUACAAAUGAAACAAAAAAAAAAAAAAAAACCAUGUACC